CGCGCACCGCCAAGUUGCAGACGAACACGACGCGCUUCGUCGCCAGCCUUGCCGGCGCCGACGCGCUCUUUGGCGCGGUCUACUUCGUCGUAAGGCUGCUGAUGAUGACGCUCGGAGAGCAGCAUCACAGUCGAGCGUCGUGCGUAUUCACGACGGCCGUCGUCGUGUUCGCCGUCGCGUCGACGAUGACGUCGCUCGUGCUCAUCACUGCCGACCGCUUCUUCGCCGUCACGCGGCCUGUGCUGUACAAGACGCGGCUGACGCGUCGCGUGGCGCGUCGGCUGAUCGCGUUCAGCUGGACGUACGGCGCGGCGACGACGUGCACACGCAUCGUGUACUUCCUCGUCGCCAACUACGUCGUCGUGCUGCUCGUCAUGGUGUACACCUACGUCGCCAUACUGCGUCUGAGUCUCGCGCGCGUCGCCCAUCAGCACGCGGGAGGCGCGACCGUGGCGCCAUCUCCGUUCAAAUCGAGAACGACGCAGAUGACGGUGAUCAUCAUCAGCCUGGCGGUGACGUGCAUGUUACCGCACAUGGUUUACAUGGUGGCGAUCCACGCGCGCGGCUCGCACGAGCCGUACGGCUGGCUGAGGAACGUGCGCUCCGUGCUGCUCGUGCUCAACUCGCUCGCCAACCCGUUCAUCUACGUCUGGCAGAACAGACAGUUUCGCGCCGCCAUUCUCGCGCUCGUCUGCAAGCAGACGUCUGCGACCUACGACUGUCGCGACGCCACGCGGCGACACGCUUACGUCGACGCGUCACUCGUGCAAGAUGGCGGCUUGGCGAACCGUACACGGGCAGAGACGCUGUGCGGCGAAG